CUCACGGAUACCAGCGCUUAUUCACCAAAAACUCACCACUGACUGACAUUCUAAGAAUUGUGAUUGUACAAAUAACUGUGUUAGAACACUAAAUUCUGUUAGUGCCUUGAGUGUUUUGCAAUAGUUUAGUGCGUGAAGUGACGUUUUUACAAUGUCUGAUACAGCGCAGCUUUCUGGUGAAAAAGUGGUAUACCACCCACCGCCGCCACCAUACGAUUCACAACCACCACCAACGCCGGGGCCACAAGUGGUACAAGCCACUGUCGUCCCAGCUGUGAUCAUCGCUGGCCCACAAGUGGGAUCCAGUCCCACUCAUUAUACCUGCAGGUCGUGCAACGCUCAAGUCAUCACCAGGAUCGAAUUCAAACCUUCUAUGAGAACUCAUUUGAUGGCUUUCCUUCUGUGUUUGUUUGGAUGCUGGCCCUGCGUGUGCGUCCCAUACUGUGUCGAGUCUUGCAACAACGUUGACCAUUAUUGUCCAAACUGCGGAAGUUUUGUAGGGUCCUAUCAGCAUUAAGCUUAUACUCAGUCACUGUUUCUUCUAUCAUCAGACUUGAAAUGCGCAGUCUAUGCGGCAUAUUUGAAGGAAACAUCUGUGCAUUACUCAAAGUACCUACUUUUUUCAUCUAUCAUGUGGAUUGGGAGAUCGUUGAUUAACCUCAGCAACCCUGGUAUCAGGGUUACAAUUGAGCCGCCAUAUGACCUUGACAUGGUGCAUGUGGCGAGUAUGUACAGUCAUGAGCAAUAUCGUGUACCCACUUUAGAACCCCGUCGCACUAUCAUAUUUUGACAUUUAAUGAGACUUACGGUUUAAUUUGGCAAAAAAGUUAAUGUGACAAGGUUUCAAAGUGUAUACCAUAUUAGUUCUCGUGACCAUACUUAAUGAGAGAAUCAUCUUAUUAUUUGGAAAAUUAAGUAAUUUUAGCCUGCAAUAUCCUGACCAAACAAGGGACAGUAUCACAAAGUUAUGUUUUAAUAUACGUAUUCCCAUCGGGAAUCGAACCUAGAACCUUCGGAUCUACGUACGUAGAAAGGCAAAAUAGACAGUUUUCUUUGAAGACGUAGGCGUUAUUGAUGACUGACGGUUCGUCGACGAACGGUGCUUUUACUACGCGAUAGUCCACUACAAUUAUAAAAUACUACUACUUUAUAUUAAGUACUACUUUGCAUUAUUAAUUUAAUGAUAGUUCUUUGUUAUUUUAUAGGUAUCUAUGUAUAUGUAUAUUUUAUUUAAGUGACGCAUAUACGCAUAAGUUGUAUGAUAAGGGAGUUUAAAAGAUUAUAUUGGUUUUAUAGAUAAUUAAAUAGACACAAUGAAUAAAUGUUAUUUUUAUA